AACAAAAGAUGGAGAAUGAUUCAAAAGACUAUUCCUCCGCUCUCCAAACCUACCUUAACAACAUCUCCAUCUCCUCCUUGCCUGGCAUCAGAGAUGCACCAGUACUGGAAGUAAAGGCUGGGGAUUCACUAAGAGAUGCAAUACGCUUGCUGUAUGAGAAGAAUGCAGCAGUAGCACUCGUCACAGACAACUCUAGUGCUAAUAAUGCUGCCAUUUCAAGGCUUUCGGACCGCUACAUCGGUGUCAUUAGUUUUGCUUCCAUGGUCCUAUGGUGCAUAGAGAGGCUUAAAAAGUAUGAAACUAGUCAAAGCCAAAAGGAAGCUGGACAACAAGCUUUCGAAGGCUUCAUCUCGAGGCUAGAUCAGAAUCCUGAUUUGAAGCAAGCUAAGGUGGGAGAGCUAGCGAAAUACUUCCUAUGGGAUCCUUACAUUCCUGUGCAUUUGGAAGACGAUACUCUCUUUCAAGUGCUCCUGCUGCUAUCUAAGCAUCAGCUCCUCGUUCUGCCUGUCAUAGAACGAGCUACUGAUCAAGUUAUCGGUUUCAUUUCACAGAAUGCUGUAGUCAAGUUUCUUCUCCGAUCAAGUGGGUUAGAGUGGUUUGACAGCAUAGCUAACGUUUCCUUGUCAAAAUUUCGAUUUCAGAGGAAGAACUCUGUCUAUCAAGUAUAUGGAGAUCAAAGUAUUUCAGAAGCAUUGUUAGUUCUGUCGGAAAACAGAUUCGCUACUGUUGCUGCAGUAGACAGAAUGACUGGAGAGGUGAUUGGAACAGUAAGAAAAGAUGACAUCACCCUUCUAAACUACUAUCAACUGUUUUCUAAGUCCAAGACUAUGACUUUGGCAGAGUUCAUUAAAAUAGCCAGCAAUGAGGACAGCUACAACCUUAUUACUGAGAAUCAGCAGCAUGAUCUGGUGGCCCAAAGUCUCCGCCUAAGAAAUAAUUUUAUCCCGAGAAUGGAUUUACCAGUCAUCCACAAAGAAACUGACACCCUUAAGCAGGUCAUGGUAAAAAUGACAGAGACAAACAGUGAAUCCAGCUUCAUAGUUGAUGAAUCGAACAGAAUGAUCGCUGCCCUUACCUUCAAAGACAUUAUCAUAGAGUUUGCUCCACCUUGUUUGGAAUCAAGGAUCAAUGGAGGUGGGUUCUUUGAAUUCGCUUUACAGAAAACUGGAUGCCAUAUAGAAAAUGGUACCUUAGUGUCUGACCAGUAAGCCCCUCUGUGCCUUUUUUCUUUCUGUAAUUUAAAGUUAAGUGAAGAUGCUGUAGAAUUGACUGUUCUAAUCAGGUCGGUUGAAUGUCAUAAGCCCUGUCAAGUUAGGCUUCUUAUUAUUGUGUGAUCUUAAAACUGUACGAUUAUGUGUAGUGUGGAGCUCAAUGCUCAAGCUGACUCAAUUCUGAUAUUUAGGGUCUCCAGUCAGAUGCUUGGAGUUAAACUGAAUAUCACAGCAGAGAUUAUAACCAUCAGCCAUGUAAUAAACAAUCUCGAAUGAAAAUUAUCAUGCCAAAGGCAAUCUACAUAGUCUCAAACCACAAACUAGGCAAAUGGAGUACAAAAAUUUACAAAGAAAGCACAAUAAAAUUGAAAUAUCAACAAAGGAUCCCUUUAUAAUGAAUUAAUUGACAAAA